GUGAUGAUCCUGUUCUUCCAGCCCAGUGUGUUUCGCUGUAUCCUCCUGAGGUGGGUGCGCCUCCUGGGUUUCUCCGUCAUGUACGGCACCGUCAUCCUCAAGCUGUACAGGGUGCUGAAGGUGUUCCUGUCCCGCACUGCCCAGAGGACGCCCUACAUGACCAGCUGGAGGGUACUGCGGCUGCUGAUCGUGAUCCUGCUGGUGGUGCUCUGGUUCCUGGUGGCCUGGACCUCCGCUGUGUGCCAGAACCCAGAACUGAGCCCGGCUCUGAUCACCGCUGGCCUCACCCCAGAGGGCCUGCAGUUCAGCAUGUGUCUGCUGGACCGAUGGGACUACAUGAUGGCUGUCG